CAUUAUCCAUCUCUUCUAUUCCCCCACUGAACUCAUUCGGAAUCUGAAUCGAUUCACUUAUAAGGUACACGUAAAUGAGCAGCGGAGGUGGGAAAGAAUGCGAGUACCCCUUACACUACUAGUCAGUGCUCUCACCGUUGCGUCGGUCGCCGGCCAAGCUCCGCUGCGUGGCUCUGAUGUUCCCGACGAUGUAGUGCCUGAUCGAUAUAUGGUGGUAUUGAAAGCGGGAGAAACCACCGUGUCUUUGAUCGAUGUAGCUCACCGUGCAGUACGGUACGCUGAAAAUAAUGGCGGCUAUAUAAGCAUUGAUAAGCUGUUUGAAAACGUCUUUAUGGGCUUCAGCGCUGACAUGGACACCGCCCUCUUGGAUGAGGUCAGAGGUUACACAGAGGUAGAUUAUGUUGAAAAGGAUUCCAAAAUUAUAGGACAUAUCACACCGCCUCAUUUGGAUAGAAUUGACCAGCAAUUGCUACCGUUGGAUGGAGCUACCUAUGAGCCCCUUAAUAAUGGUGACGGAGUUGAGGUGUAUAUAAUAGACAGUGGCAUUAUGGAGGAUCAUGAAGAAUUCGUUGGAAGAGUCAAACUAGUGCCUGAUCAUAGUGAGAAAUGUGACUUCAUGCAGGGCCAGGCAGCUUCCGAUGCGGCGUUUUCGGUGUGUGGUAAACACGGAACGGCAAUGGCAGGCAUCGUUGGAGGAAACACUUACGGCGUGGCCAAGGGCGUCACGAUGUGGGAUGUGCGGGUUUUGACCGGCACGUGUGAUGGUCGGACAUAUGAUUACCUGAGCGAUGUAAUUCACGGUAUGGAUAUGGUACUAUUCAGCGGUGGCGCCAAACCGGCGGUUGUACUGAUAGCAAGCGGAACUCAGAAUGAAUAUGUAUCCGUGUCGUAUAACACCGCUACAAACCGCCUCUACGACCAGGGCUACGUUGUUGUGGGUGCCGCUGGUAAUGCUCGCCGGGACGCGUGUAAUUUCCUGGCUGGUGGCUCAGAUCACGUUUUUACUGUUGGUCAAUCAAUACAUCCACCGUUGGCGCCCAUGGAUAUGGCCCUUGAUGGCAACUACGGCGCAUGCGUAGAUAUAUUUGCCCCUGGUUACUCAGUACAAACCGCGGGGACGGAAACUACCACAAUCACUCAGACAGUAACGGGAACGUCCGCGUCUGCAGCAGUUGUUGCCGGUGCUGCUGCAGUUAUGCUUGUACACGAUGUGACAAACCAGACGCCAGAUUACGUAAUGGAAUCUAUCAGAAACAGGGCAACUACAGAUGUGUUCACCUUCAUGUUUUCCCCGAGCCAUGGCUCGCCAGAUAAGCUGGUCUGGGUAGGAGAUGACACCGCUGGUGCCAAGUAGUUACGUCCAUGCCAUGCUAAAAGUGACGUCAUGCCUGCUGCGUGUGAAAUAGAAAACUCGUGAGGGUUAACUCUUGAACCGUGGAGAGGAUAUACAAUAUCAUAUCUUCAUAUUGACUGGAGGGGACAAUGUGGAGAUGACUUGUGACGUCAUAUCAUGGCCCAAAUAUGGACAUCGGUUAUAUGCGUAAGAUCUGAAACAUCGUCUGUGUUUAGAUGCGAUUGGGGGGUGGGCGUUAUGGAGAGAGGGGGUACCGUGACAGUUUGCUUUAAUCUCUGAUUUAAUUAAUAAAUUUGAAGAAAUCCU